UCUUGGGCAGACCGGAACCUGCCCUCUCCAGGGACUCCCGCCGUCUUCCAGGCUGAGUGGAUCCUGGCACCCUUGGAGGGGUGGCUGCCGAAGGUCAGGAGGGGUGGGAGUGCCGAGUGGGGUUCUUGCUAGGUAGAAGGGGUCAGAACCCCCCGUCUCCCACCUCGAGUGCCCUGAGCCUACGGGUACCAGCAGAGUCUGUGUUGGGGUGUGUAUAGGCCUGCGGGGGCUGUUGAAUUGUUUCUUCGAAUUUUGGGCUUGGAGAUGGGUGGGGAGGCCGGGAGACGUUCCAGCAGCUCAGGAUAGGUGGGGCAGAUUCCAAGGCCUGUCUGCUGCUCCUGGUUUACGGGCCCACCCACCAACUAGGAUGCCGGAAGCCCCCCACUCCCAAUAUGAACUCCUACUGGACUCAGAAAGGCAGCCUUUCAGCUCCUUCAGCCCAGUGCUGUGCACCACUCGCCUUCACCAAGAAGCAGCUCAGCAGACAGUGCCUGGCAGAGCCAUGCUGCACAAUGUCAGCCACAGCAAAGGUGUGGUCUACGCAGAUACUGGCCUGAUGGGGCAGGACAGGGACAGGGAAAGCGUGUGGGUAGAAGUUGGAGGAGCCCUGGCCCCCAAUACCUCCUCCCUUCCCCCUGAGCCUCCGGGGGCCUCAAGCAACAUCAUUCCUGUCUACUGUGCUCUCCUCGCUACUGUGGUCCUUGGUCUGCUGGCCUAUGUGGCCUUCAAAUGUUGGCGCUCACAUAAGCAAAGACAACAGCUGGCCAAAGCUCGGACUGUAGAGCUAGGGGACCCUGACAGGGACCAGCGGCAUGGUGACAGCAGUGUCUUUGUGGACUCUCCUCAUUGUCUGGAGCCCUGUAUCCCCAGCCAGGGACCACAUCCUGACCUUGGUUGCCGACUUUACCUGCAUAUUUCGCAGCAGCAGAAGGAGGAGGUUGAGCGGCUCUUGAUGCUGGGUGAACCUGCCAAGGGUUGGCAGGGGCUGGCAGGCCACCUGGGCUACCAAGCUGAGGCCGUGGAACUCAUGGCCCGUGACCAGGCACCAGCCUAUGCCCUGCUAAGGGACUGGGCCGCCCAAGAAGGCAGCAGAGCUACCCUCAGAGUGCUCGAGGACGCCCUGGCUGCCAUAGGUCGAGAAGAUGUGGUCCAGGCUUUGGGUUCACCGGCUGAGGGCUGCUCUGUGGUGUGAGUGGCCAGCCCCAGAGCUGCCUACACUGGCAGGCCCUCCUUACCAUCCUGACUGCCUCAGGUCCCCUUCACGGACUUCCUAGUACUUCUGGCUUCUGAAGUUCUGCAGAACACAGAAGAUCCAGCUGCUUCAUGUCCCUGCACCUUCCUCUCCAAGACGGGAAGCAGAAGAUGGUGGGAUGGGUAAGAUCUGCCCACAGAUCCCCAUUCUGCCUCCCUUUAUUUAGCUCUAGCUAUUUUUUCUAUUGUUGUUAAAUCACAUAUUAAAGGCAACUCUGACUUGUA